AUGAUCCCAGCAAUCGUGGGGCUUAUUAGUGAUUUCGAAGAACAUGACAAGCAGCCGAAGUACCGUGACGUAGUCGAUGAAGGGAUCACAAAAAUGCUGAAAGUAGCCCAGUUUGACACGCAGCCGAUGUCGAAGUGUCUCCUGUACCGUCUCCCCCUGGAAGUCAGACUGAAAAUAUGGGAAUGCCUAUUCCCGCACUACUGGAGCACCGUGGAGCUAGAGAAAUUCGCACAGACAACCACGGGCCUCGCUAUCCUCCUGACUUCACAUCAGAUCUUCCAUGAAGCCUUGCUGGUCUUUUUCUAUUCGCUUCCAUCCAGCAGGCUUAUCCUCAAGGAGUACGGAGGGUCCACUGUGCAUUACCUCAAAAGUGUCCCCCUUAAGCUGGAUCGAUGCAUUUAUAAGCGCCGAGGAUUCAUUUGUCUCGAUAUUGAGUGCGACAAAGAAAGAACGUUUGGUUCGCUUGUGCUCUCACUUGGUGACAAGAACCAUGAAGCGGCAGUUCGAUGUCGCUGGGGGUUUUCGCUCUUCAUUACCACCUUGAGAAUGGAGGGACCAUUGCGUGUCCAUGAUUUGACCGUCGCUGUCACUGAAAAUUGGAAAAUCCCCAGGUUUGACGAGAACGAUUUGAUCCAGGCUUUGUUCAGUGGAGCUUUCGAGGUCCUUGGGAGACUGAUAUUCGUGGGCUUCACUAGGAUGGAACGAAAACGUCUCACCAACCUAAUACUCGCGAGGCAGGACCCGUGCGUGCAACUCAUGCGACGUGGGAGUGAUGUUGAGGAUAUAGUUCGGUAA